AUGUCGUAUGCCAACGCAGACGACAGACUCGAAGGAAUAAAUGAAACUGUAGGAGGGUUAAUAACCAAAAAGAAACAAUCCGAUGAUUUCGCCAAACCAGAACCUAAAAAAAGUCUUUUGGGUCUCGACAAACUUGCUGCCACAAAACGGGAACAUAUCCGCAAAAGAGAAUAUGAUGAAAGUAAUGACACCGGAGUGACCGCAUCAGUUCGCCGAGGGAUUGACAAAGUUCACGAAAAGCGACGAGAACGCGAAAGAGAUGAUCGAGGAGUAAAAUACAAAACCAGAGAUGACAAUCGCCGUCGUGAUAGGUCUAGAGAUAGAUCAGAAAGGAGAGGAGAUGCAAGCAGUCGACGAGAUCGGAGAGACUGGAAAGAAGGAGCUGAAACUCCUAGAUUCAAGGUUCCGGAUACUCCAUCUCGAUCAUCAUGGGACUUAGAUGAUCGCGAUUCUCGAAACCGGCAUGGUCGUAGCUCUUGGGAUAUGCCAACCCCACGCGGAGACCGAAAUCGAGGUCGUGGAAGAGAUUGGGAUUCUGAAAGAAGUAUUUCGAGUGCUUGGCGAAGCGAACGACGUCAUCGAGAUGAAGAACGACGGAGACGUUAUAAUAGGCCGGAGGAUUCCGUGCGAUCUAUAAAGGAAGAUAGGAAUGAGCCGGAAUUCCAUGACGACGAAGAGCGUCUACAAUGGGAAGAAGAGCAGAAGAACCUUGAUCGAGAAUGGUACGACAACGAAGGCGCAUUCGACGAUGAGUACAAUCCAUUCGCAAAAGUGUCGGAAGAAUUCGUCGAGAAACGCGAGAAACAAUGGCAGGAGAAAACACAGAAGCCGCGAUUGACUGUAAAACAACAGAUGAUUAAAAGAGACAACGAAAUGUGGGAAAACAAUCGUCUCCAUCGAUCGGGAGUUGUUGCAAUGGCCGACGAAUUGUCGAGCACAUUUGAAGACGAAACUGACGAAAAUCGCGUCACCAUUCUAGUUCACAACAUUAUCCCACCAUUUUUAGAUGGUAGAAUUGUGUUCACGAAGCAAGCGCAACCUGUUAUUCCGGUCGUCGACACAACUUGCGAUAUGGCAGUUGCUGCCGCGAAAGGUAGUGCUGCUGUGAGGAGGCGGCGAGAAAUGGAAGAUCGAAAAAAGGCUCAAGAUAAGCAUUGGGAGUUAGCUGGUAGUAAACUUGGAAACUUGAUGGGAAUCAAGGGAAAACCUGAUGAGACGGCUGAUCCUGAAGAUGACGACAGCGCUAAUUACAAGGAAUCUCAUCAGUUCGCUACCCACAUGAAGGAAAAUGAAGCUGUUUCUGAUUUUGCUAUGGAAAAGACAAUUAAGCAACAACGAGAAUAUCUGCCUGUUUUCGCAUGUCGUCAAAAAAUGAUGAGCGUAAUCCGCGAGAACAAUGUUGUGAUUAUUGUUGGAGAAACAGGAUCCGGAAAAACAACGCAAUUGGCGCAAUAUCUUCUAGAAGACGGUUUUGGAAACUCGGGAUUGAUCGGAUGCACUCAGCCGAGACGUGUCGCUGCAAUGAGUGUUGCGAAGCGUGUAGCUGAUGAAAUGGGUGUUGAGCUUGGACAAGAUGUCGGAUAUGCGAUUCGUUUCGAAGAUUGCACUUCGGACAAGACGAUCAUCAAGUACAUGACUGAUGGUAUUUUGCUUCGAGAAUGUCUUGGAGAUGGAUCUUUGGAUCAGUACUCGGCGAUUAUUAUGGACGAGGCUCACGAACGAUCACUAAAUACUGAUGUGCUUUUCGGAUUGUUGAGAGAAGUUGUGGCGAAACGAGCAGACUUGAAACUAAUUGUGACGUCUGCUACAAUGGAUGCUGAUAAAUUCGCAGAUUUCUUUGGAGGUAAUUGUCCGACAUUCAAAAUUCCUGGUCGUACCUUCCCUGUCGAGCUUUUCCAUGCCAGAACUCCUGUUGAAGACUAUGUGGAAGCUGCUGUGAAACAAGCGGUUACAAUUCAUCUUGGAGGAAUGGAUGGUGACAUUCUGAUUUUCAUGCCUGGUCAAGAAGAUAUUGAAUGCACUUGCGAGAUGAUCAAAGAGAAGCUCAGCGAUCUCGAUGAGGCGCCGCCGCUCGCGGUUCUGCCGAUUUAUUCGCAAUUGCCGAGUGACUUGCAGGCGAAGAUUUUCCAACGAGCUCCUGGCGGAAUGCGAAAAUGCAUUGUUGCGACAAAUAUCGCUGAAACUUCUCUCACUGUCGACGGAAUUCUUUUCGUUAUCGAUCCGGGCUUCUGCAAAAUGAAGGUCUACAAUCCGCGAAUCGGUAUGGAUGCACUUCAGAUCUUUCCGGUGUCUCAAGCUUCCGCUAAUCAGCGCGCUGGUCGUGCUGGACGUACCGGACCCGGACAAUGUUAUCGUUUGUACACGGAACGGCAAUAUAAAGAUGAAUUAUUGGCGUCAACUGUUCCUGAAAUCCAGAGAACAAACCUCGCGAAUGUCGUUUUGCUUCUAAAAUCUCUUGGUGUUGAUGAUCUCCUCAAAUUUCAUUUCAUGGACGCUCCGCCUCAAGAUAACAUGCUCAACUCAAUGUACCAAUUAUGGACAUUGGGUGCACUUGACAGUACGGGGCAAUUGACCCCGAUGGGUCGCAAAAUGGUCGAAUUCCCUCUUGAUCCGACGCUUUCGAAAAUGUUGAUCGUUUCCGCUGAAAUGGGAUGCAGUGAAGAAGUGUUGACGAUUGUGUCGAUGCUUUCUGUGCCGGCCAUCUUUUUCCGACCGAAAGGAAGAGAAGAUGAAGCUGAUGCGAAAAAGGAGAAGUUCCAGGUUCCCGAAUCGGACCAUCUCACAUUCCUGAAUGUGUACCUGCAAUGGAGGACGCACAAAUAUUCGGCGAAAUGGUGCGCGGACAACUAUUUGCACGUAAAGGCGUUGAAGAAAGUUCGAGAAGUUCGCGCGCAACUCAAAGAGAUCAUGCAAGAUCUCAAAAUCCCAUUGUCUUCCAACGGUAGUGAAUGGGAUGUCGUGAGAAAAUGUAUUUGUUCGGCGUAUUUCCACAAUGCUGCUCGAUUGAAAGGAAUCGGAGAAUAUGUGAAUGUGAGAACUGGUAUUCCAUGCUUCCUUCAUCCGACAUCCGCGCUCUUCGGAAUGGGUUUCAUGCCCGAUUAUGUGGUGUACCACGAGCUUAUCAUGACUGCCAAGGAAUAUAUGCAGUGUGUGACAGCGGUCGACGCAAUUUGGCUUGCUGAAUUAGGACCGAUGUUCUAUUCUGUCAAGGAUUCGAGACAAUCGCGGAAGGAGCAUAAAUUGGAAGGAGUACGGACCAUGGAAACAAUGGAAGUAGAAAUGCGAGAAGCUCAAAAGGAGAUGGAAAGGCGAAAAAUUGAAAGUGAGCGAGCAUUCAAACGACCGGACUCAUCGAGAAUUGUCGAAGUCGGAGCAAAAACUGCGCGAUCUGAAAGGCGAAAACUUUGGGGUCUCUAA